GAAUUGUGCAACAGCAUAAAAGAGAACAACCUUAAUGGUACAGGUCCUGCUGUACGGCGAUGCUUGAUACAAGUUGGUUCGACCAACUAUUUUCAGUGCAAAUUGUUCAACCAUUUCUAGUAACCUUUUAGAUUAGUUAAGCCACUCUACAAAACAUCCUAAUCAAUCACCUUUCUUUCUCUUUUUUAUCCUCAAAUAUUAUUAUUUUGUUGUACUUUUUGGUUUGUCGUGUUCAAUCCAAGCACCACCUUACCCAACCCAACAGUGCUAGAACAAAACCCAAUAAAGAGUAAGCUCAGAAAAUCACUAGAAAGAGAGAGAAUUAAGGAAAAACCAGUUGGUCUAAGGAGCGUGUGCACAUAAAACACAAAUCGACUCUUUGAACCAAAGGGUAAAUAUAAUAAAACAUGUUGCUGAUGUUGUUGGGUUUGGGUUCGAGUAAUUAUAAUAUCCCUAUGCCGUUGGCAUCAUCAUCCCUAUUCUACGUUCUCAAAAGUUAUCGAAUCAUGUGUGAAGGAGAUUUCCUAUUCCUUUUAUUUUAUAAUUUUAAUAACUAUAAACUUUAUCAUUUCAUCCCCUUAUUCUAUUUCCUUUGGAUAUAUAAUUAUAUAGUUUCAUUAAAAGGUUAAUCUAAUCACGAUCGUACAUAAAAGGGAAAUUUAAUGUCUGUGUCUUAAUUGUAAUAUUGUAUUUGUUGAGUUAUUGGUUACUUUGACUGACCCAAUCGGUGUUUGUUUGUGGAGAGUUUGGGACUGUGUAAGAAAAAGGUUUUCGAUUUUGAUUUAUUUAUUUUCCCAUUUAAAUACUUUUAUUAUUAAUGCUAUUAAUAUUUCAAUUUUUAAAUGGGCUUUGGGUUUGGUGGAUGAUAGAGCGAUUUGGGAGGUUUAUUCUUUCUAAUGUUGGUCAUACAAUAGGGUUCCCAAUUUACUUUCGGUCUUGACUUUUUGGACGUUGCUUCGAUUUGGGGCGUGGAUUUUCUUUCGAUUUGACCAUUUGGGUCGCUGAUUCUCGCCUCACUUUGAUCUGGGUCGCUCUCUUUCCUUCAAUCUCAGAGUUUGUGUUGUUAUUCCCAAUUCCUGAGUGAUAAAGUUGAAGACGUUCGUUCUUAUCUUGUUUCUGGGUGGAUUUUUCAUCUCUGAGAGUUGUUUUGAUGUUUUCUGAAUUUUGAUUCUGAUAAUAGUAGAGUCGUUGGAGGCAUUAUUGGGGGUGGGGGUGAGUAGGAGCUAUUCUAGUAGUGUGCUUUCAGUUGUGAUAAGUCUUCUUGUCUUUUUUCUGAUAUAUAUUUGGAGAAGUUUGGUUCUGUCAUGCAUACAUGAUGUUCCAUUCUCAGGGUCCUUCGAGACAUUGUAGUCUCCUUGCUAUCCUGAGUGGUAAAUCACGCGACAGUAAGCAAAAGCAGAAGCAGGGUGCUGCUUCUGAGGAUCAACCUUCAUAUCCCUUCCCAGAGCUUUCUUCCUCUGGCCGUCUUGAGGUAAAAGUAUUGACCAAACCUACUGCUGAUGAACUCGGUCGAGCUAUUGAACAACUGCAGCCAGAUUUUGUUUACCUGCAAGGGCAGCAGCUAGAAGACCGGGGAGAAAUUGGGGCUCUUGUGUGGGAAGAUUUUGACCUCUCUGUCCCAGAAGCGAUAUGUGAAUUAUUUUCUUCCAAAUUGCCUGAUACCGUUUAUUUGGAAACUCCUAAAGGAGAAAAAUUGGCAGAGGCACUCCGUUCUAAGGGAGUUCCUUACACUAUCUAUUGGAAAAAUGAAUUUUCAAAGUAUGCAGCUUCACAUUUUCGUCAUGCAUUUUUCUCUGUGGCACAGAGUACAUCCAGCCAUACAUGGGAUGCUUUCCAGCUUGCUCUUGCAUCUUUUAGACUAUACUGUAUACAAAACAAUGUCUUACCUUCUAGCAGCCAGAAGGGUGCUGGUAAGCUUGGGCCACAAAUUCUUGGAGAUCCUCCGGACAUUGAUGUUAGUCCGUGUGUAGCAGACAUGGAGGAAGAGGAAAGUUCACCUGAGACUAUGUCUGCUGUAAAGAUAUACGAUGAUGAUGUAAACAUGAGAUUUCUUGUUUGUGGAGUUCGUUGCACAUUGGAUGCUUGCUUGUUGGGGUCAUUAGAGGAUGGACUCAAUGCUCUUCUAUUUACAGAAAUACGUGGAUGUAAACUUCACAACAGGACAAGUGCUCCGCCUCCACCACUCCAGGCAGGAAUGUUCUCACGUGGUGUAGUGACCAUGCGAUGUGAUAUAUCCACAUGUAGUUCUGCUCAUAUAUCACUUUUGGUGUCUGGAAGUGCAGAGGCUUGUUUUAAUGAUCAGCUUUUGGAGAAUCAUAUUAAAAAAGAGCUCAUUGAGAAGACUCAACUUGUUCAGGCCUUUCCUUAUCACGAACAAAGUAAACCACCUUCUACUGAGCCACGAAGAUCAACCUCUGUAGCCUGUGGGUCUAGUGUGUUUGAGGUUUGUAUGCGAGUUCCUGCAUGGGCGUCACAGGUUUUGAGACAGCUUGCACCCAAUGUGUCAUACCGCAGCCUUGUUAUGUUGGGAGUUGCUAGUAUUCAAGGAUUGCCAGUUGCAUCUUUUAAUAAAGAUGAUGCUGAACGUCUCUUUUUCUUUUGUACUAGGCAGGGGAAGGAAAUCUGUCCUGAUGAUCCUGUUUUGUCUGGGAUUCCUAGUUGGCUAAUGCCUCCACCACCCAGGCGGAAAAGGUCUGAACCAUGCACUAGAACAAAGCCUAUUAAUGCUAGUGGCCGGGGAAUUGAAGAUACUGGAGGCAGUCAGAGACAAAAGUUAAAUCCUGCUGCUAUGAGGCCAAUCCCUCAUUCUCAUAGACACAAGAUUCUCCCCUUCUCUGGAUUGUCUGAGGGUGAAAAAUAUGGAGACCAUGGAAAAUCAAAUCAGCCACUUGCUCCUAUUAAGCACAAUGUUUCAGGCCAUAAUUCAGUUACGCAUAGGAAAUCUGUGUCAAACUCAAUUCAGGCUCACCAAAUAAUUUCUUUGAAUCCACUACCAAUGAAAAAGCAUGGUUGUGACCGAGCUCCAAUACGUGCUUGCUCAGAGGAGGAAUUUUUGAGGGAUGUCAUGCAGUUUUUGAUCCUUCGAGGUCAUACUCGUCUAAUUCCACAAGGAGGGCUUGCUGAGUUCCCUGAUGCCAUUCUGAAUGCAAAACGCCUUGACCUGUUCAACUUGUAUAGGGAGGUGGUUUCGAGAGGAGGCUUUCAUGUUGGGAAUGGUAUCAAUUGGAAAGGACAAGUUUUCUCAAAGAUGCGCAAUCACACACUGACAAAUAGAAUGACUGGUGUUGGAAAUACACUCAAAAGACAUUAUGAAACUUAUCUCUUGGAAUAUGAAUUAGCUCAUGAUGAUGUAGAUGGAGAGUGCUGUUUAUUGUGUCACAGUAGUGCAGCAGGUGACUGGGUGAACUGCGGUAUAUGUGGUGAAUGGGCUCAUUUUGGCUGUGAUAGGCGGCAGGGACUUGGAGCAUUUAAGGACUAUGCUAAAACUGAUGGACUGGAGUACGUUUGUCCUCACUGCAGCAUAUCAAAUUUCAGUAAAAAAUCACAGAAAACUGCAAAUGGUUAUUAACAAGUCAAGCGGUGCUAUCUCUUUCCCAGAGCAAAUGUACAUGAGUGUUGAUAAAUUUUACUUACUCAUCGGUCUGUGGUUGGACCGUGUCUCUUAAUUGGUAAGGAUAGGUUCUAAGGAGUGUAAUUGUUUCACUUAUGUUUGGAGUUUUGACAUACUAUGGUCACAAAAAGGCCAUCCAAGUUUUCUAGCAUCACUAGUAUUAUAUAAUUCAAAGAAAGGAAUCCAGCAAAAAGAUUUGUAGGAUGAAUUGAUUUUACUCUAGCUUGACGAUUAGUCCACUUCUCAAAAUGCAGAUUUUGCAAUAUUUUUGGUAUUGCCAGUUAUGUAACUCAGCAAUUGUGAGCAUAUAUAUAUAUUUGUAAUAGUUGAUACGUGAAUAUUUUUGGCCUUGUACUUUGCAUGGUAUGUUCAUUGCAUGCAUUUAUAUGUCGGGGAAUAACUGUGCGGUUGAGUUUCAAUCAUGCCAAGCGUUCGUGUAGAUUUUAAACAAGUGAAAUAUGAAGAGUCAAUAUGUGAAGAGAGAUUGUCCAAGUUCAGUAUCAACUUUCAGGAUGGAAAUAAGUCGUCUCUUCUGCCCUUGCUUCAUUUCGUCUUUUGCUUGUCCUUGUGUUGUAAUGGUGCAAAAUCAUUUACUAAAAGCUACGUGUUUACUACAUUUUUUCCAAUAAAAAUGAACAUUUGCUAGUG